CCUUCUUACUUGUGACGGAUAAGCGUGUACUGACAAUGGAUAGGCGGUGUUUACGUCGGGAUGUCAAAUGGAUUAAAAUAUCAAACACACAUACGACGACUUGAACAUGGGUGUAGGCGUCGUAAUACUUCAAUUGUGUGUGUUAGUUAAAAGUGAAAAGGAAAUGAAAUGUAUUCCAGAAACAAAAGACAUCGCUCAUCCCUUCACAGUUUACACCUGUCUUCAGAUAACAUAAAUACCUCAGGUAAACAUGUUGACACACCUCCACGUGAUAUAUAUCUGGAUCUUAUAACAUCGUCAAGACUUUUGGACGCACGUCUCAGCAGGAGAUUCAGUGAUCGUCAGAACCAAGGAGAUGGAUCUAGUUCUGGUGCGGAGAGGACCUACAACAGAGAUUCUGACAGUGUGGGAGGAGAUGGGGUGUCUGAGUGGGGGGCUCACAAUGCUCCGCACAAUGCCUACAACAUUGAGUCUCCAAGAGUCAGUACAGACAGCUUUAUUCCGUAUGGUAUCCGAUCCAGGCCCCCUGAAAGGGGAAAAUGGCUAGCUUAUGCUAAAAAUAUUAAACCACGAAAACAGCAGGGGGGGAUCUAACUUGACAAAGGCACAGAGUAUGGAGAAUAUCGAUAUCAGCAGCAAAUAUCCCAGAUUACAGAAUUCCAAUUUUUAUCAAAAUCUCCAUAAGAAAUAUCCUCAGGCUUUUCAGCGUCGACUUUCUUCAGAGGCAAAGACACGCAGACCUCGAAGAUUGUUUAAUUCAGGUUUAUAUGUGCGGUCCCAAGAUGACACAUAUGACUCUGAUGAUACCAGGAGUGUAUGUUCUGAGAGACCCAUAUCUAGUUUCGAGCAUGAUUUAAGGGAAUUUCUGAGCUAUGGGGAUCCUCAGUAUGACCGUGACUGUCGUACUAGUCCAACGCCAUCCAUGAUGUCUGACCUAACAGUGAAGGAACGACUUAAUGCAACUUCUGAUAGACUAUAUCACCUUUUGUACAGUGGAGUCCCUCAAGGUCGCUAUAAAAACAGCUAUGACCCUGGACUGACACCAAGGUCAGAGGUCACUCCAAGGGCACGCAGGUCAAGGACCAGUAGUGUAUCAUCAGAUUUGCAUGGAUUUGAUGACCUUGACAACUUGUCAUCACCACGACACUUGGACCCUUACCACAAUAUACUAGACACUAAUAGCCUGUCACAUGAGGAACAUAUACACUCUCUACAGCGGCAGUUGGAACACAAGGACAGACAACUGAGAACAUACAGACAGAAACUUGACCUCGAUGCAGCAGGUAGAUUCAGCAAUAGCUUCAAACAUUCUGAGGACCUUGACUCCUCAUACACGCGAGUGAUCAGUCCGGACUCCCCACCAGAUAGUGCUAUUGAUGUCGAUUCUUCAUCAGUACAGUCUGUUAUCUCCAUGGAUACCAGAUAUCACCACAACACAGACAAUUCCUCAACAGAUGUCAAAUACUCACCAGACACAUUGCAGAGAAAUGGAUAUUUGCCAAAUUCGGAUGCCAAUUACUUUGUGAAUGACUUGGACAGUUUUACACUUACUGAUGUUAUACAGGAAGUGGAUGAGGAAAACUUGGCCACUGAUGUCAGUGGCACAGUUGCCUCAAACAGCAGUGGCACUUCUGUGGCCACGAACAAAGCCCAUGAAGAAGGUCUGAGUGGUACAGAUGACCGAGAACAGGAUGGAGGGUCAACAGACAAGGUGUCCCAGGCACCAAACACCAGUCCCCUGGAGUCAGAGGCCGAGACAAUGAUGCAUGAGAUAGUACAACAUACACUCUCCAGGAUACCAUCCAAUGGUCUUCUUAACAGGACAGACAGUUCAAAUGGCAAGGAUCUUCAAAAGAUACCUGUCAAUGACCAUCUCAAUUCACCUGGAAACAGAGUUACCAGUACUCCUGGUAAUGACCUUCACACUUCACCUUGCAGUGACCUUCCGUGUUCAUCUGGCAAAGACAUUCACAGUACUCCUGGCAGUGACUUUCACAAUACCCCUGGCAAAGACCUUCACAGCUCACCUGACAAUAAUUGUGUAAAGACAGAUUUUCAGAAACAAAAUAUUAGUCAUGUCUAUGUAGAUGAGGAAGUCGAUGAUUCAGAUCCACGUCUUGGUAUUCCAGAAGUAAAAUCCUGUAACGAGACUCUAAUACAAGAACGAUACCAUAAGAAAUGCCAAAAAAUUAGGUAUCAUACUAAACGUCGUUGUAUAACUCCUAGGGAAAAAACUGAUGGUGCUGCAGUAUAUAGAGUUAGAUCUCAAAGUGAUGAUCCAGUAUCCGUCUUAUGUUCCCCAAGGUCUCCUAGUAGCUCUGUAGCCAGCAAUGACAAACUUCAAAAAUCCAAACUGCAUCAGUCAAAUCAGAGUUUAAAUGUGAUUACUGAAAAACCAGAUUUACGAUCACGUAGGCUGGUAUCAGAAUCAGAUAUCAGAAAUGUUGGUUUAGAAAACACUGGAAUAUUUUUCUCGAAGUCCUCAAAUACUGGAUCAUUGGGGUCAUUUGAAUCCAGUUUGUCAACUGAUACUCUGGUGGCCUCCCAGCAGACCUUAACAGAAGAGGACCUUACAGAAUCCUACCCUAAAAUCAGUUUGCAUUCUCAUUCACCUAGGAAGAAAAUUCGUUUUAAGAAUAUUUUCAAGGGUAAGAAAGGUCAUUACAAUCCAUCUCAAGUAGAAGCUAAUUUGCCAGUUGAUUUAGAGGCUAUGUUAAAACGUUCAUCUGUGUCAGACUUAUCACAUAACCAGGAAGUUAAUCAAAAUUUCUACUCUGUGCAAUAUGAAAAGUCAAAACAUUACAGCCAUCAUGCUGAAUUAGGAGAAUCAGAUGACUAUGUUGGAAUUGAAAGUCCUCCAUUUGUUAAUAAACUUCAAGGUGCUAAAGAAUUAACUGAUGUCAAGGAGAAUCUGUCCGAGGUCAAGGACUGCCAUGCUGCUGAACAUUGCUCUACUGUGAAUGGAACAAAUGAAUGUUUAGAUGUUUCAGCAGAGCUCAGACCACCUCCUGCCUACAGCACCCAUCUGGAAGACAGUCAGCUGACUGCUUAUGAAGCUGCCCUGGUCAAUCUUGACCAGAAUGGACUGGACAUUGAUGAGUUGAUUGAUAGUGACUCAGAUAGUGUGUACUCAGCUAAGCCAGUAGUUAUAGAUUCAAAACAGAAAAAACAAAACAGGAGUCAUGAAACACAGGAAACAAGUGAUGGGGGAGAGGCGGAUAGGACACAGGUAGGACUGCAAUCCAGAGAUAUGGUGGAGAAAGAAGGAGAUGACACUCUAGAUUCUGAGGAUGAAGUAUUUACACUGGAUAAUACGGAAACUACAGAAAAAACGCUAGACAACCAGGCUUAUCCUCACCUAAACAGGGAGGAAACAGAACUGGGAAAACAAGUUUAUAUUGACAGAACAAAAGAAGAUACAGAUGAGGAUAGUCAGACUGAUACAUUAAGUCAGAGAAGUAUACCUGGUGUUAUAAGCUGUGGUAAAAUGGAUGUAGUACCUGCCAUCAGUGGUCAAGACCAGGGAUCAGAGCAAGAAUAUCAGGGCUCAGAGCAAGGCUAUCAGGGGUUGGAGCAGGGAGAUCCAGGGUCAGAGCAAGGAGAUCAGGGGUCAGAGCGAGGUGAUCAGGGGUCAGAGCAAGGAGAUCAGGGGUCAGAGCGAGGUGAUCAGGGGUCAGAGCAAGGAGAUCAGGGGUCAGAGCGAGGUGAUCAGGGGUCAGAGCAAGGAGAUCAGGGAUCUGAUCAAGGUGAUCAGGAGUCAGAACAAGGUGAUGAGGGAUCAGAGCGAGGUGGUAAGGGGUCAGAACUAAGAGAUCCAGGGUCAGUGCCUGGAAUCGAUACAGAUGAUAAGGAUUCAGCACCAGUGGAAGGGCCAUAUGCCACAGUGAUUGUGCACAGUGACACCGGUGUUACACAAGGGGCACAGUUUAACUCAGAUUCCAAUGCUUAUUCUGAAGUGGAACAUGCAGACAAAAUCCAGGAGUCCGAUGGUAUCAAGGGAGGUAAGCAGAUGAAGCAGUUCUCCUUCACAGCAGCAGGUGGCCAUGUGGACGACAGCAUCACCGUGUUGGACCAAAACACCUCUCAUGUACCAAAGAGGGAUUACCAAAGGGAGGAGAGUAACCUUGUAAGGAGUAAAGAACUGAGUGCAUCCAAACAGUCACUAAGUGACAAGGUCAGGUCAUCUGCAAAGAGCAAGUUCAAGGCCAUUCGUAAGGCAGUUAGUCUAGACAAGGGCCUGAACAAAGCAGGGACAGACAACUCUGGUGACACCACAAAGGAAAAAACCAAGGAGAAGAAAAAGUCAGGCUUUAAAAUGCCCAAGAUAAAAAAUCCUCUCCACUUUGGAAAAAAGAAAUCAAAACUGCCUAUACCUCCAGUCUCUAAUAUUGGGAAAAAUGACAGUGCUGACACAGAAACUCCAGCAGAAAAUAACAAAAAUGAUGAAGACCAGAAAGAUGAUGGUAAGCGUAGAGGUCCGGUAUGGAAUGUGUCCUCAUGUCAGUCCUUGGAGUCCCUGGAUAACACAGUAGAUCCUGGACUGGUGGGGAACAAUGGUCCCCACGGAAAACUCCUCAAACUCAAUCAGGAUGGAACACAGGUCAUACAAGUUCACAAACCUAAACACGGACCGGUUGGAUUUUUCAUUGCUAGAGGCAAUGCACAGUUUAACCAUGGAGUGUUUGUGUCACGGUUCACCGAUACUCCUCAGGAAGCUGUGUACUCUGGUUUGCUGUGUGUGGGCGAUGAGAUACUGGAGAUGAACAAGUUUGUGCUGAGAGACCUGGCUCUUGAUGAUAUCUAUGACAUCAUGGCUGCCAAAGAAACGCUGGUGAUGACAGUUUUACCACUGAUGGCACGAAAAGAUGUAUGAUCAAUCUUCUGUGUACCCAUCUGUAUACCACAUUUAGUUGGUAGAACAGGUACCUUCAAAGGACAAAUACUCUUCUAUAACACCGGGUACUCUGGACAAGAAAAAAAUUUGUUGUCAAAAUCCAUAUCACACCUUUUAUGUAUAAAUACUGUAUGCCUGUUACAAUAAUGUACAUACUUUUCUUGCCAAUGACAUUUUUAUCGCAGAAAAUAAUAUAGGUUUAUCUAUUAACCACAACGACAUAUAUACCAAUAUAUAUUGUAACAGGUGUACCAGUAUACAUUACAGGUUUAUUGGAAAGUUAAUUAGUCCGCCACAGAUCCGGACUAGUAUAUUAUUGUGUCCUAGUCCACACUUCUCUCUUGUGCAGGCUCCAUCUCCUGUACUACUUGUCACUGGAAUGCCAUACUUAAAGCAUAAGUUUACGUGGGUGAGGUGGUGUGCCCUGUAUCGAAAAUGAGUCACUCUGACUUACAUUAUGACCUUUUAUGACCUACAUCUGUUAGGAGACUGUAAUUGGUUAAAUGUUUUAUUUUACUUAAGUCAAUGAUAUAUGAAUUACAUUUACAUUGGUUUUGAAUGUGUAGACCAGCAUUCUGUUUGGUGGUCAGCAGUAAGUGGACUAGUGUUUUAGAAUUAAGAUAAAAACACAAACUAUUUCUUAAAUCAAUGUUCACUCAAAACUGCCACUUUGAACAAAAGAAACAAAGAGUUAGCAAACGUUCUCUUGUUAAUUACAGUACAGAUUGUGUUUAGUGUGUGGAUGGGACCUGGUGAUGGAUGUCUUUGUAUUGAUAUUUGAUUGUACUGUGGACUGUAUACACGCUGCUGUAGACAGUAUACUCACAAAUAUGGUGUAGUAUUUGUAACAUUGCUACUCUCAGCAUGCAAGUGUAGUAUUGGAGUAUUAUGACCUAUGAUCUUUGAUGACCAAGUAAUUAUGCAAAAGUUAGGACAUUAUGACCUCUAGUUUUACUGUAUAUACAUAAUAUACUUAGUAGGUGUGUAUAACAUAUAACCUCUAGUGUCACUGCAUGCUAAGUAGUUGGAUUAUAUGACCUAUGACCUUGAAGGUUAUUGCAUACUAGACAGUUGGUGCACAUGACCCAUGACCACUAGUAUUACGUACAUGGUAGUUAAUGUAUAUAACCUAUGACAUCUAGUGUUACUGUAUAUACCUGGCAGUAGGAGUAUACAACCUGUGACCUCUAGUGUUAUUGACAUGGUACAGUAGUUGAUGCAUAUGACCUCUGACCUCUAUAUGCUCUAGAGGUCUAAUAGUACUGUAUACAUUUAAAGAAGGAGUAUGACCUAUAUCAUUUAAGGUUACAAUGUACUUGGUUUGGGGUAUAUGGCCAGUGCCAUCUAUAGCUAAUGUUAAUACCAGGAAGUUGGGGGAUAUGACCUCUAGUGUUAAUAUUUACCUGGUAGGAGUGUAUGAUUUAUGACAUCUAUUGUUAAGUAUACACAGAACCUGUUAGGGUUUUGUGACCUAUGACCUGUAGUGUUGAGCAUACAGAAUCUGUUAAGGGUGCAUGACAUAUGACCUCUUAUGUGAUUUAUGACCUCUAGUGUUGAGCAUACAGAAUUUGUUAGGGGUGUAUGACCUUUGACCUCUUGUAUGAUUUAUGACCUCUAGUGUUGAGCAUACAGAAUUUGUUAGGGGUGUAUGACUUAUGACCUAUUGUGGAUUUAUGACCUCUAGUGUUGAGCAUACAGAAUUUGUUAGGGGUGUAUGACCUUUGACCUCUUGUAUGAUUUAUGACCUCUAGUGUUGAGCAUACAGAAUUUUUUAGGGGUGUAUGACCUCUUGUGUGAUUUAUGACCUCUAGUGUUGAGCAUACAGAAUUUGUUAGGGGUGUAUGACCUUUGAACUCUUGUAUGAUUUAUGACCUAUUGUGUGGAGCAUACAGAAUUUGUUCGGGGUGUAUGACUUAUGACCUCUUGUGUGAUUUAUGACCUCUAAUGUUGAGCAUAGAGAACUUGUUAGGGGUGUAUGACCUAUGACCUCUCGUGGUAAGCAGACAACAUAUCUACCAGUAUAUAUUGUUAAGGGUGUGUGACAUAUGACCUUAGU